GCCCUGGAAUGCCAUUCCGGCGCAUGUAGUGAAUGUCGUUACCUUAUCCCUAUUCAAAAAACGCCGUAACGAUACUUUGAUACAUUUACAUGAUGUGAUGUAGCCCAUCAAGCAUCAAAUGAUGGUAAUAGUGCAAAGCGAACACUGGACGGCGUCAUAAUCACCUCAAGCUCCAUUCAAGAAUAUACCGAUGCUGCUGCAAAGAUCUCGUGUUUGCGUACUCCUGGUUUAAUGUUCUCUGAUCCCCGAUUUGUCGAACUGAUCUCUCUACCGCUUAGCGCAUCCAUCCUACAGGCACUUGUCCGUUCAGGUUACAGCACCGUUGGAGAAGUGGCUGGACUGACUGUUGAACGUUUGACAACUAUUUGUGGCACUGACGUGGAUAAGUCAGCCGAUGCACUUCGUUUGAUCCGGCGUUAUUGUGAAAUGGCUCAUGACGACGAAUCAACGCUUUCCAGCUUCCUUGCAAACACACACACAGCGUAUGAGUUAUUGGGUGAUGAAAACUUUUUGCGCACCGGGAGACCUACGGAGAGUGCAGUUGUCAGUAUGUGUCGCAGUUUUGACGAUAUGAUGGGGGGAGGUUUCCCCAUCGGAAAAUUGACGGAGCUCUGCGGACCACCAGGCGUCGGAAAGACUCAAUUUUGCAUUCAAGCUUGCUUAACUGUGCAACUGCCUCGCUGGUUCGGUGGUUUAGAAGGUGAGGCUGUCUUCAUCGAUACCGAAGGUAGCUUUGUACCCCGCCGUGCCCGUCAGAUGGCCGAGGCACUGGUCGACCACUGCAGACGACAUCUCACACUCCAGACUAAUCAACCAGUUACGGAUGCAGAUCGUGACCUUCAUUGCCCAACCAUCGAUAAGCUCAUGUCCAGCAUUCACUACAUCCGCACAAACGACCACCUACAGCUGCUGGCCGCAUGUCAACGACUGUUGCAGUUUUGUGAGAAACACCCCAAAGUCAUCUUAACCAACCAAAUCACAACCCGUUUCGGUCCCAAAACCGGUGAGACUUCUGACACCUGUGCCCCAACAGAUACUCAAGGCGUUUUGGUCCCCGCGUUGGGGGAGAGCUGGGGCCACAUUUGCUCCGUACGGGUCUUCCUCACGCGCCAGUCGGACACACGCCGACAUGCCAAGUUGCUCAAACACCCAGGAAAACCUCCCGGCACAGCCUUUUACCAAAUAACGCCAGGCGGCAUUCGGGAUUGUGCGUCAUAA